AUGCCAACCCUACCUGCCGUGAACCACCUCAGAGAAGAUUCUCUCUCAGUUCCUGAUCCUUCUGUUGUUCCCCAUCCUUCUUCAACUACCCCUGCGACUGAUCCGCAUCCCCAUCCUGCCAUACAAUCUACCUUCCCUGGGUCAGUCGUCGGUUCUAUCUCUCGACGCAAUCGCCGCUCCUUUGCUGCCUUGGCUCAGAGGACCUCCAGCGCCCUAGCUAGUCUGUCCACCAUUGGCGCUCCCACAACGCUGCACUCCUACACCUCCUCCAGCAGCCUGAGCAGGUCCAAGUUAACCAACCCCUUGACCCCGCCGUUAUCCGACGAAGACGCCGAGCAAUUGUCCGAUCUCUGGCGCCCUUAUUCUCCGGACCCGCCUGCUCUCAAACGCCGCCUGACUCUUCAGCGCGCCCCGACCCCUCCUCAAGAAUCUCGCUCCAGCCAAUCGGGCCCUGCGCCGAUCGCGCCCAAGAUGCAUCAAACGUCGUCGAGACUUUUGCGCAUGACUGAAGAUGAGCGCCCCUUCACCAAGGAUUUCAUGGACUUGUUCUCCACCCUGAUGGUGAGCUUGAAGUUGGAUUCGCACCGGGUUCGCUUCACGCGAUAUGAUCACACCUUCACCUCGGAGGAGGCCAUCAACAACUUGGGCUCGCUCAAGUUCUCCCAGUCGAACCGCAUGCCGGACCCCAAGGACCCCUCGCGCAUCGUGACCACCACCACAACCACCACAUUUUCCAUGGCCAAGGAGAUGGCUCGUUCCGUGUGCCAGCGCUUCGUCGAUGCUCGUUUCAUUGAGUCGGUGGAUGGCAAGGCUUUGCCGGUUUUCCCUCUCAAGGGCGCGCUCUUCCAGCUCACUCCGAAGGGCAUCAACAUCCUGCAGCGCUUCUGUCAGCGGAACGGAAUCACCGCUCGUCACGUGAUGGAUGUGCUGGAGUCACCGCGCAACACGAUGCAAUUGGUGAACCUCGAGCGAGACACCGAUACCGAUAAGCUGUCGCACGACCGAGCCACGAUCGAAGUCAUAUUCCGCCGUUUCGCCGGUCAGGAUGGCCCCAACAUCAAGAGCAGCAUUUCAACCUCAGACUCCGAUUCAUUAAGCGACUACUCUAACGGCAUCGUGGGUGUGAAGAUGGCUCGGGAGCGCAAAUUGCACGACGGCAAGUCCUACGCCAACACUUUCACCGGAAAGGGUGCCGUGGAUUGGUUGAUGGACUGCUCGACAACCAUCGAGCGUCGCGAGACUUGCUUGAUUGCUGAGCUGUUCCUCAAGUACGGCCUGAUCACCAUGAUCCAGGAUGACAAGUCUUACCCCGACUCGAAUGCCGUUUUCCAGCCGUCCAAGUACGCGAUCUACACCAUUACCGAGCGAGGCCAGCGCGUGUGUGGAUGGAUUGCCCGCGACAAGGCCCGUGAUGCCAAUGCAAACAGCAACGCUACCUACGACAGCCGUGGCAUGCCCCGCGACUCCAACAACGCCCGUCUGACCCACAUCCUGGGUGAUCCCGCCCUCCGUCUUCUCUUCCGCGAGUUCUUGCGCUACUCGCUUUGCGAGGAGAACCUGUCCUUCUACCUCGAUGUUUCCGAGUUCACUGCCAACUACCACAAGGUGGAGAAAACCGGCACGUUCACCAAAGUCGACUCGGUGCGCGAGACCCUAGCUGCUGCUUAUGGCUUGUACAACGCGUUUCUGGCCCCUGGAUCACCCUGCGAGUUGAACAUUGACCACGCUCUGCGCAACAGCCUGGCCAGCCGUAUGACCAAGGCUGUAGGUGACGACGAGUCGAUGUUCAAAAGUCUUCAGGAGGUCGUUCAUCUCUUCGAGCUUGCCCAGACCUCCGUCUUCAAGCUGAUGUCGAGUGACUCCGUUCCGAAAUUCCUUCGUGACCCCAAGUACUCCGUGGUCCUGCAGGAGCACGACGUGGAUAUCUUUGGCGGGACACGCUCGUACUCGCCAACCCCCGGCGCCCCGGAACGAAGCAUGAGCCGCUCAGCCCGGUCAUGA